UUUGGAGGUCACAUAGAGUGAAAAGGCAUUCAAUAUGGCGGCAUCAUCAGUAGACAAGUAAUCGUGAUGAAAAUAUUCAAACCCUUUGUUUCUAUUAAUGGGCAUCAAACCCCGCCUGAUAUCCACCUGCAAAAGUGCCACCACUAUAUUGUCUCAUCGGCCUCUAUCCAAGCCCUUUCCACCGCCCUCUCGCAUCACACCUACUCUGCCAUUACCAUGCUGCUCUACUAAAUAUUUAAGCUCUCUCUACUGGUCCACUAACCAUAUACUGGAGCUGAUAAUAUUAUGUCAGGACGCAGGAAAAGACUCGGCCAAAAGCCAGAACCAGAGGUCUCGAUGGAUGUUGAAAACAUUCCGCAGAGGAGAGGGCGAGGUAGGCCAAAACGUGAAACAUUCAAUGUCAAUGAAAGGAGAAGAGGCCUCAGAAUGGAAGAUGGAGGUGAGGAGGAACCCACGGAUCUUGCAAUAACUAUGGAUACAACUCUCAGUAACUUGGAGGUCAUAGACCCUUCUAACAAACUAACCUUGGACAAUGAAUCACUGGAGGAUGACCCAGAGGACGAUGACCCCGGUGACAUGUCCCAUAUGAUAGACAAUUCAGAGCAAUUAGUGGAAAGAACUUGUAGCGACCAGUCACUGGUCAAGUCUUUGGAUUCUUACAGUGCUGCAACGGACAGUGGUGUAACAUCUCCUGAGCUGAGCCACAGAGGGGUCAGUCCGGGGCAUAUGGGAGGUUAUGGGAUUGGUAUAAUGGAUGAAACCCAGUAUGAGGAUGAUGCAAUGGAUUGUAAUAAUGGUAGCACUGAUCCAAUCUGUUCCCUCUGCUGCUGUGGUGAGCGUAGCUUGCUAGGGCAGGGUGACCUACUGCGGUUUGAACCCACCCCAGGAUUCAACCCUUUUAGGAAACCCUUACCCAGGUCAAGACGGACUUAUGAGGAAGAUGCUCCUUAUAAUCCCCAUGAGAGGAGCCAGAAGCAUCUUACAUGGAGACGAGCUCGGGGACCCCCCAAGACUCAUAAACAUGGACAGGGGGAUAGAAGUAAAUCACCUCGUAGGAGUAAUCCAGAUGCAAUGAAGGACCCUGCGUUAGAGGGUGUGGAUGAAUUGAGUCAUGUAGGCCAUGCUGAAGAACCCGAUCUCCAUACUCUCUUUGAAUCAACAGGUCACACAACAGCACAUCAUUGCUGUGCUGCCUGGUCAGAUGGUGUUUGCCAAAAUGAGAACUUUCAACUCCUCAACGUAGAUAAGGCUGUAUUCUCAGGUAUCACUCAGCGCUGCAGUUACUGUCACAGGUUUGGAGCCACUAUUUUCUGUGUGGAGCAAGGCUGUAACAGGGUGUAUCACUACCCAUGUGCUGCAAGCAGUGGUUCCUUUCAGGGUAUCAAGUCUCUAAUUCUGCUGUGUCCUGAACAUCUGGAUUUAGCAGAGGAUAGGGUUGAAAUGGAGGAGUUAGAAUGUGCCAUCUGUGACACGCCUGGCAACCUCUCUGAGUCUUUAUUCUGCACUAGUUGUGGACAGCACUACCAUGGCUCUUGCCUAGACCCACCCGUCUCCAUCGAUCCUGUAGUCAGGGCAGGAUGGCAAUGCCCGAACUGCAAGAUAUGCCAAACCUGCAGGCAACCUGGGGAUGAUAACAAGAUGCUUGUGUGUGAUACAUGUGAUAAGGGCUAUCACACAUUCUGCCUGAAACCAGCUAUGAUCACCAUUCCAAAGAAUGGCUGGAAAUGCAAGACCUGUAGGGUAUGCACUGAUUGUGGUUCAAGGACACCAGGUAACGGUCCCAGCUCAAGGUGGCAUCAUAACUACACAGUCUGUGAUAGCUGCUAUCAACAACGCAACAAGGGCUACUGUUGCCCCAUUUGUGGCAAGGCAUACAGGCAUCACACUACGCACAAAGUCAUGGUCCAAUGUCAUCUAUGCAAUAGGUAUGUUCAUGCUGAAUGCGAUGACAGGACGGUUAUAAGCAAGUAUCAACAGAGCAAGGCUGCAGGCCAGCCCACACCGUACAAGUGUCCAGACUGUCGUCAUAGACCAAACAGGGGACUAGAAUUAGAGAGGAGAAUCGCAAGCCCGUUUGAGGAUGGGGCAAGAAGUCCUUUUGCCUCUAGCUCAAGAACACCUCCUCAUCUUCCGAUUCCUGAUGACACCUCUCAGGACAUGUCACUGAGUGCAUCCAGUGUUCAGGAGGAUAGUCUUAGUCUAAGUAGUAUCGACACAGAUUACACCAUGACAUCAGACGAUAAGAAGCCAGAGUUACAGCAGGAGUUUUCAGCAUCAUUAUCAGGAUCUAGUGGGAGUUUGUCAAUGACUUUUGCCUCUGUCACCAGACAUCAUGGAGGAGGUAAACCACUGGAUAGACUCAGUCAGCUGGAGAGGAUGGGAAGAAGAAGAUUUAGUGGAAGGCCAAGGGGAAGAGGCAGUAGUAGCUAUGCAGCUGUAGGAAGGAGGAGAAGGCAAGGGAGUAACGUUGGUGGGAGGAGAGGUCCCAAACCCAAGAUCAAGAUCGCUGCCCUACCUCCUGCAUCACCACCGCCAUCAAGUGAGUUGGAAGUGUUGGAGCCAGUGGUGGUAGAGAAACCUUCAGCUAAGGAGAAGGAUGAUGAAGAUACCUCCAUGCAUAGUACAGUGGUCCUCUUCUCAGUGGAUGACAAGUUCACUGCUACUCAGGACAUGUGUUUGAGCUGUGGUAGCUUUGGCCUUGGAUCUGAAGGAAGAUUAAUAACAUGUUCACAAUGCGGCCAAUGUUAUCAUCCAUACUGUGUCAACAUAAAGAUCACGAAGGUUGUAUUAUCGAAGGGCUGGAGGUGUUUAGACUGUACUGUGUGUGAAGGAUGUGGCAAGUCAAGCGAUGAAGCUAGGUUAUUACUGUGUGAUGACUGUGAUAUCAGCUAUCACACGUACUGCUUGGAUCCACCGCUGCAGACUGUGCCGAAAGGUGGAUGGAAAUGCAAAUGGUGUGUCUGCUGCACUCACUGCGGGUCAGUGACGCCUGGGGUGAAUUCUGACUGGAUGAAUAACUACACUCAGUGUGGCCCCUGUGCCAGCAUGACACAUUGUGCAUACUGCCUCAGAAUCUACAGGGACAAUGAACUCCUCUGUCUGUGCUCUCACUGUCAAAGGUGGCAGCAUUCACUUUGUAACGGCUUAUACACUGAAGAUGAAACAGAGAGGGCCAUGGAUAAAGGCUUUAUCUGUAUCCUAUGCAGACCCUUACUUCCUGAACCGGAACCUCAGCUUCCAGAACCCAGUACAGAGGAACCACCUCCUAGAAUACCAAAACUAGCAAUAAAAGAACCAGAACUUCAUAAUAAAGAGUUCUCUGUAGAAGGGGUGAGACUGACAGAGACAGGCUUCAAGCAGAUCAGUAGCAUGGCAAUGGCUCGUACUCACAAGAAAUCUAAGAAGGUCAGAUCCAGUCUGAAGAUGGGUAGCCUGGCCAUCCUCCGUAGCUUGGCUGAUCCACACUCGGACAUCUCCAAGAUCGCUGAUCAAGAAUAUGACCCUGAAGGUAUUGGAAGAGUAGAUCCAGACAAAUGGAGGGGAGUAGGUCAUGGUGAGAAGAACGAUAGCAGUGGAGGCGAGGGAAAGCAUCAUCAUCAUCACCACCACCACCAUCACCAUCAUGACAAGAAGAAAUCAAAGCAUAGAUCAUCACUAAGGCCAGGUGUAGGAGGUUUCAUUGCCAAGCCCAGGGGCUUUCACUCUCACAAGGAGAACCGGAUGGCAGCUAUGAGUAGAAGUAUGUCGGAAGGGGCUCCAGAUACCAUGGAUUCAUACCGGGAUCAAUCGGAACUUCUCCAGAGAACUCAUUCACUAGGAGAAGAAGGUUACUAUGAAAAAUCAAAGAAGAGGAAAAAAGCCCACAAGAGAAGUCAGCUAGAGAACCAGUUUCCAUCAUAUCUUCAGGAGGCAUUCUUUGGUAAGAUGCUUCUUAAUUCAAGUAAAGAGCAGCCUACCUUCAACACAAAGUUGGAUAUCUCAGACGAAGAGAGCAAAAAGCCAUCUCAGCCAAGUAAAGGUACUGAAAUCAUCAAACUGCCCUCAGCAGACCAGAAGUCAUCAUUAAGUGCAAGCUCGUCUAAACAGACCCAACCCAAUCAAGCAGAGGCUGGUGGAACGGUAGACGGUGCUGCGGGAGAACUCGGUUCUGGUGAAGAUCCCCUCAACUUCUUGCCUCAGGAUGAACUCUUUGGUAUGCUGAUAGGAGAUGGUCUCGGGAAGAAUGGUGAAAACCUGGAUAUUGACAGCAUCGAUGCCGAAGCUACACAGUCUAGUACAGCAGAGUCAAACGCACACACAACUCAAGCCAGUUCAUCAUCUGAUCACAUGAAUGAGCUGGAUUCAUUGCUUUCAUAUAAUUUACACAUUGUUCCUGAAGAUUUGGCUCACAUAGACAGUAAAGAGGUUGAGGAUCUAUUCUCAGGGGUACUCAGUCCAGAGGGUCAUCAUCAAGCUGGCUCCACCAAUACACCAACAUCAGGAGUUGAUGUCAAUUCCCAUUCAACAAGCACAACGACAGCAAGCACAGCAUCCCAACAGCAGCAGCAACAUCAUCAUCACCAUCAGCAACAACAACAACUCCAGAAGCAACCUCUACCGCAUCUUCCUCUUACACAGCAGCUUGUACAGGCUGCUAGUAUUGGACAUUCAGUUGCAAGCCCUGCUUUCAGCCCAGACUUUGCUGAGCCACCAAGUCCAUGGCCUGGAGGGGGUGGUGGAGGUGGGGGUGGAGAGGCUGAUGGAGAAACCCUGUCUUACAACCAGCGCAAUAUCAAGAAGUGGGAGAAGGAUGAACCUCUUGGUCACCAGGCAACAAUCUCACCUGUCCUCUAUGCAAAUAUCAACUACCCAGAUCUCAAGAAGGAUUUUCCAGAUUGGCCUUCAAGAGCGAAACAGAUUGCCAAGUUAUGGAGAAAGGCAGGCUCUGGAAACAAGAAACCAUUCCUGCAACUUGCGAGGGAGAAUCGUGCCGCACAACGCAUUAAGGAAGCCCGGAAGAUCCAUCAACAGAAGCGUCAGAAGUUUGAUGGCGCCAUGGUCGGUGAGAGCCAGGAUGGGUCUGGCAUCAGGGCACCACUCCAACAAGGACAGCAGCCGCAGCAAUUGCAGCAAGGACAGCAACCAUCGACAAUGGUUCCUCAGGCGCAACGGAGCCCAAAGUCAUUGCCAGGUACACCUAUGCCAGGAACACCUAUACCAGGAACUCCCAUGUCUCCUGCCAAUGAAUUGCCACAUUCCAACUUAAUGAACGCAAACAACCAGAGCCUGUCUGGUCAUUCUGGACUUCCUGUGCAUAUGCCACUGUCAAACCAAUCACCAGGAGCCAUGAAUGUUGACUCCAUGCCACCAUCUCCUAUGGUAGCACAACCAUCUAACAUUCAUCUUCAGUCUGGAAGGAGUGGAACGCCCAGCGUGUUAGCAGGAAGAUCUCCUCAUCAUUCAGAAGAGAUAAGCCAUGGUGUUGUUGGUGGUGUUAACACUCAUCAGCAGCACUUGGCAUCCUUGAUUGCAGGACAAGGUGUUACUCCUACAUCAUCCAGCAACCACUUGCCUGUAUCAAACAACCAGUCCAUCAUUGAUAGGUUACAGUCUCCAGGAAUGCCUCAUGGUUCUGCAUCACAAGUGCCUCCUGGUAUGGGAAACAUGUCUCCAGCUCAUGCAAUGUCAGUGGGAUCUCCAGCACAUGCAAUGUCAGUGGGGUCACCAGCUCACGCAAUGCCAGUUGAUAUGCCUAUUCAUUCACCUCAGCAGGCUCCGUUCAUGAAAAACCAAGUAUUUCAAGAUGGUGCCAGCAACCAGAGUCUGUCACCUGCAGCUGCUUCUACCCCUGCUGAUAGAGUAGGUUUGAACGAUGGCAACAAACAUGCACAAAAACAGCACAUAAGACAGUUAUUAGUGAGACAGCAGGAGAAACGACGUAUGCGUCGAGAACAGCAGCAAAUGCAGAAUCAGAAUUGGAGUGGGGAAUCACAUCAGCGUCCUCCACCUCCCUAUCCAGCUAAUGCUUCAUCAGAUCAGAUAUCUCCUGCUACUAAUAGUGAGCAAAUGAACUCCUUCCCUGGAACACCUAACACGCCAAGGCCAGAAGCUCCUCCGACAUUCGUAACUCAAAGGUCCCAGGAACAGUUCAAUUUAACCCCAGAACAGACAGAUGAAGCAUGGAGGCCAGGACAGUUUACUCCUGGUCUUCAACGAAGAGCUAGUGAUGGGGGAAGCCGCAUGCCUGGGCCCGGACAAUUUAUUGAAUUGAGGAGAAUAGAGCAAGGAGCAAGAAUGCCAGUGUCGGGGCCAUCAUUGUCACCAAGACCACGAAACAUUGCCCUACUCCAGGAGAAGCUCCAUCAAAGAGCUUUGCAACAAAGAACUGCCCUGGUGGGGUCAAACCCAUUAGAUCCCUAUGAUCAUAUGGUGAGGCAACAAGCCAAUAAUAGGACACCUACACCCCGGCAACUAAUGACUCAUCCAAACUUUCAUGGCAGGUCACCUAUGAUGUCUCCAAUGGGAGAUCAUCCUGCCCAACAACCUCAUUUGCCAUUCCAACAACCAACUCCUCCUUUCCAAGGUCCUAGCACAAAUGCAAUUCAGAAUCACCAACCCAGAAUUCAUAAUACAAUACCUGCUCAGCAACCAGUAUCAUUGCAGAGUGACCUUCAUUUGCCACCCAGUCAGGAUCCAACAAUCACACCUCAGCCAGAUGACCAUGAUGCGCAAUUGGAAGAUCUGUUGUCUGGUGAGCUUGAUCUAAUUGACUUUGCAGGAACUGAUUUGGACACUAACAAACAUUCUGCUGAAAACCAACAACUUUUCAAAGAUUUUGGUUUGAGUGAUGAGGCACUUGAUGAAACAGCUUCCACAAGUAACACUCCUAAGGAUUCAAAUUCUUUGAAGGUGGAAAAUGGCAUACUUCCAGCUGCUACAGAGAAAAGUCAUGAACAGUCUACCUCCAUGGAGCCAACUAGUUCAGAAAAAGAAACUGAUAAAGUGUUAGAAGACAAGUCUGUUUCUAAUGAUCUAAAACAGUCUGAAAGCUCGGGUGUAUCUUCGGAUCAAACUAAAGUGGAAGAAACCAAAAGCUCAGAAACAAGCAGUGUACCUGAAAUUGGAAGAGACAUUGCUACUGCAAGUAGUCACACUUCUGAAGAGUCUUCUAAAGAUUUGAUGAGUCACAAUGACAAGCCAUCGCCACAAUCAAAAGGAAGUGAUCCUUCUGAUGCAGUUUCAAAAGAGAAAACUGGUCUUCAUAUUGACAGUGUAAGUACUUCGGAAUCUGUUCCUACUGUUUCUUUGUCAGCAUCAGCCUCUGUGUUACAAACAAGUACCGUAGUUCCAGUCUCUUCAAGUUCAAGUGAGGCGCCCACUAUAUCCACAACUUCUUUGGGUGGAACAACAAUAAAAAUAGAACCAGUGGACAAUCCUCAAACAAACUGUGAAAAUAAUGAAAUUUCAACUGCCAUUUCUGAUGAGAUGAUAAACACAUCAAGUGGAUCUCAAGUCUUAGAGAAACAACAGUCCAAUACCCAGGGACCUUCAGGUAAUUGUCCAAGCUCGUCAUCAGGGGAAGCGCAAAAAACACAGAACUCUUCUGUCAGUGUGCCAAGAGGAGAUGUCCCAACAAUUGACCAGAUUGCUGCCAACAUUUCUGGUCCUGUGUCAAGCAUUCAGCCAAACAGUACUUCUCAACUGCCAGUUGCUUCAGUUGGCUCUCAGACAGUGGUAUCUUCCCAGCCUACAAAUAGCGAUGGCACUCAAUUACAAACAAGUCAAACUCUUGUAACGAGUGUUGUGAAUGCACCUUCACUUGUUUCUACUAAUCCUCAGAGAAGACCACCUCUGCUCCAUGAACAACCUCUUCUUCUCCAAGAUCUACUUGAGAAAGAGAAGAAAGAGCAACAGAAGCUGCAACAACAGUCUGGGAAUAUAGAAGCAGCCGUCUCUGGAAAAGUAGAUCCAAAAGCCAAGGCCCAAGGCUCUGAUCCAUUUCUGGAUAAUCUUGAUCUUGAAAGAUUACAGGCUGAAGCAAAGAUGAUUGCUAAAGAAACUGAAGAUUUUACCAUCAAACCACCUGGGCCACAUGCACAGCUUCUUCUUGCCAUGAAUCGCCAAUACCAGGUGCAAAUGCAGCAACGCCAUUUAACAGAUCAACAAUCUGGAACCAACGUGCCACUGAUUCCCCCUGCUUCUCCAGGGUUGCGACCACCUAGAACCCCUCAGAGUGUAGAAUUCAGCAGUGUUGAUUCUGUAAAGGAUCCGAUAAGAAGCAACAGCACAGACUUGUUCAAGCAAGGACAGACUGUUCCUCAAGGACUGCAAGGAGUGUCACAUGUAAAUGCUCAUGGACAAGAAGUAGGACCAUUUUCUCCUGGCCACCCACAAAUGCCUAAUUUCCCACCUGGUCCAAGGUUCUCUACCCAUGAAAACAUCCCGACACAUCCUAGUCCAGGACCUGUCUCACCGAUGUCACCAAUGACUCAGAAUCACUUUGGAAUGAGGCCUCGGGGUCCCAUGGUUGUACAGAAUGCUGGAAUCGGGGGACGCCCACCAAUGCCAGGAUCAGGCAUGCACAUGCAAAGUGAUCAGAUGUCGGUGCCGAUGCAUGGCAUGCAACGGCUUCCUGGGCCUGGGCAGAGAAUGGGAAUGCCAGUUAUUAACAGAAUGCCUGGCCCACAGGUUUCUAACUUCAGAUUUCCUGGUAGAUUCAUGUCUCAGAACAUGCAACGGAUGCCAUCUCCAUUCUUUGGUGUGGGCAUGGAUGGAAUGUCACAUGCAAUGAUGAACUUUGAUCCAUAUGACACCACAGAAGAAAAAGCUCCUGAAGAUACCAGUACUCCUGAGUAUGAAGAAUGGAUAUUUAACAAAGAUCGUAAACUACAACUUAGGUUGAAAUUCUUUGAAAAUGAGGUUGGUAAAGAGAGAAAGAAGAAGAAGGCUCUGACAUCUAGACAGCGAGCCUGCCGCAAAAACAACAAAGUGUUUUCUGAAAAUGACAGACUUGAACUCGAAGCAGUGCAGCAGAGACAUUCUAAGCAGCAGAAAUAUUUGGAAAAUGUACGUAAGCAGCAAAGGCAGCAUGCUAUUCUCCUGCAAGAAUUUCGGAUGAAGCAACAACAGAAACUGUCAUCGAAUCAUUCACCCUUGGGUCAUCAUAAUCCAAUGAUGCCAGGAAUGAUGUCACCACAAGGAAUGAUGAUGCAAGGGCAAGGACCUAACCCUGGCAUGCACAGUCCCAUGAUGGGUGGACAACAUUCUCUAAUAGCUCCAGGUGGGACAUCACCAAAUAUACCUCAGCAAAUGCUGAUCAAUCAGGGAAUGCAGUCUCCAUCUGCCUCAAUGAUGCAGGUGCCUCAGUCUGGAAUGAUACCCCAAGGUCAGAUGAUGGGCCAUGUUUCACAGCAAGUUCCGCAUCCCAUGCGAUCACCAAUGUCUGGGGAGAGACCUCCAUUUGUUGUUCGAUCAGGUCAGCAGUCUCCAAUGAUGCAUGGAAAUCAAAUCAUGCAAUCUGGAAAUGGAGGAAUGAUGGUCAUGCCAGGACAGACUAGUCCAAUGGUUUCAAGUUCAAUGAUUCAAGGUGGAAACCAAAUUAGCCAGGGUCCAAUGAUGACAAAUAGCAGGCAACCAUCUCCUCUCAUGCCUGGCAGUAAUCCACAGACACCAAUGAUGCCUGGCAGUAAUCCACAGACACCCAUGAUGCCUGGCAGUAAUCCACAGACACCCAUGAUGCCUGGCAGCAAACCUUCAACUCCAAUGAUUCCUAUUAACAGCCCACAGGCCCAAGGUAUGCCAGGGAACAAUCAAACAAACAUGUUACCUGGUGGAAUUAGCUUACAACGGGGUACAAAUUCACAACAGAUUCCUGUACAACCUUCCCAGCAAUCGCCAAUGUCACAUGCAUCUCAUCAGGGUAGCAUUGGUGCUUCUUCACAGCAGCAGUCUCCCAUGGCAGCACAAUCACCAAUGGUUCCCCAAUCCCCAAUGGUGCCUCAUUCUCCGAUGGUUCCUCAGUCACCUAUGGUUCCUCAAUCACCCAUGGUUCCCCAGUCACCCAUGGUUCCCCAGUCGCCCAUGGUCCCCCAAUCACCCAUGGUUCAUCCAGGACAGCAGUCACCUGUUGUCUCUUCUGGGCAACAACAGUCUCCAAUGAUGGUCCCCCAAAGCCAACAGAAUUCUCCCGCCGUUCAAAAUAGCGAGCAGUCACCUAUCACCGCUGGUAGUCGCCAAUCACCAGCAGUGACACCAGGUGUUCCAUCCCCCAUGGUGCCCCCUGGAGCCCAAUCCCCUAUGAUGCCCCUUGGAGGUCAGUCACCAUUGAAGCAAGCUGGUCAACAAUCCCCCAUGGUUCUAGCUGAUCAACAGUCUCCUCUAGUUUCUCAGGGUCAAUCAUCAGGUCUAAACAGCAGUCACCCUUCUCCUAUGAUGCCACCACCUUCACCUAUGAUGACUCAUCCUGGACAGCAGUCACCAGUAGCAUCAUCAGCAAAUCAAGGUGCUUCUGUUAGCAGUCAGCUUCAACAAAGGCAAGCUGGAACACCAAUGCAAUCCCCUAUCCAAUCGCCAAUAUCUACCAAAUCGUUACCACAACAGCCUCCAAUUGAAAAGCGCAUGCAGAUCAAUAUUGGACAAGACAACAAUCCAUUUAGUGAAACAUUCCAACAGAGGGAGAGAAUGGAGCGGUUACGUGAGCAGCAUGAGAGACAAAGAUUGCAGCUUGCCCAGGAACUAGAGCAUGUGAGAGCUAUGCAGAGAUAUGAACAACAACAACAGCAGCAACAACUCCAUAGUUCUCAUAUGUUCAAUCCACAUAGGCUUCCUAGUCCACACCAAGCACAGCAGCAAGGCAGUAUUGGCCAAUUCAAUCAAAUGCCUAACCCAGGCAUGGUGUCUCCUAGCCAAGUUCCUCCAGUUCAUAGCAGUUCUGUAGGCAUACGUCCUCCAUUUCCAUCUCCACAAGCCCCUCUACAGUCACCUGUCCAAUCACCGUUCCCGAGGGAGCCCCUACAACCUGGGAUGAUAUCAUCUCAAAGUUCAACACCAACUACAGAAGGAUUUCCAAUGCCACCAAGUUACCCAGGAAUGCAGACCAAAGUACAAAAGCCAAAGAAGAAGCGAGCAAAGAAGAAAACAGGUGAUCCUUUCAGCCCAAAUCCAACUCCAGUACCUCAAAGCCCAGUAGGAGUCCUUGAUGAGAGUGCCGUUUUGGCUGCGAUAGGUCAUUCUCAAGAUAAAGGAGGUAUGGUAAUGAGUGUACAAAAUAUCCUUCAGAAUACUUCACCUGGAAGUGCUACACAUCAAGCUUUGCAGGCCAUUAUGGCUAAUGAUCCACAUGCCAAUGUGGACCUUGCCAAACUUCAACAGAGUCAAGCAAUGUUGAUGAUUGGAGACAUCAAUGCCAAAGCUGCCAAGGAUGGGCUUUUGAAAAACAAUCAAAAUCAACUUCUGAAACAGCUAUUGCAAGGACCUUCAAUUUGUGCAUCUGGAAUUGUGAAAUCAAUACCCAGCAAGCCUGGUGUACAGAAUCAGUUAGACAAAGUCACAGGAGAGACUAGCAAUUCAGAGAAUACACAAAUGCGACAAGAAUUUGAUUUAGCUGUGGAUAUGCAAGAUGAAGAAGGUCCGAUAAAACUGACAUCAGAGCAGCAAAAGCAACUGGAAAUAAUUGAGCAAUUACCUUAUGUUAAGAAAGAUGGAAAGCCUGCUGAAAAUGAUUUGCAAAUUUUACUUGAAAUCCACAGACAAGGGAAGAUUGACUAUCCCCCUCCACAAGAGACCAAAGAAAAGCCCCCUGCACCCCCUGUAGUUCCACCAUCACCCCAACCCACAGUCAAACAGCACAAACACAAGGAAAAGAAAAAGCACAAAGAGAAAAAGUCCAAAAAGAACAAGGAAAGUAGGUUUUCAUCAGUGGAGGAACUGAUGGCUGCCCUGAAGCAGAUGCCUAUGCUGCAGUUAACUGAACCAGAGGUUGGUGUUAACUUUUCCCUCUGCCCGCUCUUUGGAAGUGGAACGGUGAACGGAGGAACCCGGCUACGAGGUGCCUUUGGACAUGCCAUCUUGGAUGGGGUUCCAGACUUUUACGAUCAUCUUCUGUCGGGCUCUACAUCGGACACCAAACUCAAGCUACCCCUUGGAGUGGUGAAUGGUCCCACUUCACUCAAGGAAAUUGGAACCAAAGGACAAGCCAAUACCACCACCACCACCACCAUCACCAACACAGUUCAAAGUUCAGAGGUCACUGUCCUGACAGGUGACGAAGUCAUGCGAGAGAUGCAGUCACAUCAGCGCACAAUAACCCGCACCAUGAAUCAUGCGUUCAGCGGGGGAGGGGCACCCACCCAACUGGUCGCCCCGUCACCCUCUCUCUCACAAGUAGCAGGGGAUAUAGUGAUAUCAUCAUCACCGGAAUGCGAGGAGAGUGAAGCUCAGGAGCCAAGUAAGAUGAAAGGACUACGUCUCUUUACCCAGGAUGUAGAACAGGUCCUGGCCAGUCAGAAGCGGUCGGGAUCACCUACCAUUCCCAUCAUCAAGCCAACUCCAAGGAAAGCUGAAGCAGGGUCUUUGGGGAAAGGCAACACUGUACAGGUAACCUUGAAGCUGAUGCCGGAAGUAACACACAAUGUGGAGGGAGUCCUUGCUGCCUUCUCCAAGCUCCUAGGGAUCAAGGAACCAUCUAACUUUGAAGUAGUCAAUGAGGCAGGGCAGAAAGAGAGGAGAGGGAAGUGGUCACAAAGUACAAGUCCUAUUGCAGAUGUAGCAUUGAAGAUAUCUCCAGAGAAAUCUUCUGUCUCGCCUUCCCCUCUCCCACCUUCAGUGAAGCCCAUCAAGAUUACCUCCAAGUCAUCUGUGCUUAGUGGCUCAUUGGACGACCCGAAGCUACACUUCUGCAGGCACUGUGAUGUCCUGGUCGUAGGAGAGGGUGUUCGUAAAUCUGCAACACCUACUGACAAGAAUGUAGUCUUCUGCAGCGGUGCAUGCUAUCUCCAGCAUACUAUCUCUUUGCGGUCACAGGUUGCACGCACCGAAGUCAAUGCAGGACGGGUAGUCAAUCACCGGAGCUCCGACCCUCAGGCCAGUCCGAUGGAUGUCUUGUCACCCAAAGCCAGCAUUUCCUUGCCAACGUCCCCCUGUACCAUUCCAAAGACACCACCUCAGUCCAAGUCAACGCCGAUCUCGCCUCGUUCUCAGCCUGCACAGCCUGUAGUCUCCUCGCCUGUGGCUGCUCAACCUGCGCACACCUCCUCAGAGGGAACAACUGCAACUCCAUCAUCUAAUCAAGAGGUUUCACCAGCCAGGGAAGAGAAGAUGAUAACUGAUGCAGAUGAAUUGAAAGUUACUAUUAGCGAGUCAAAGAUUAGUGAGGGUGGCAGGGAGGAAUUGAGACUCACUCUCAAGACUGGAACAAGGAGGAGACCUGCAAUUGGAGAUGAAAUGCCUUUGAUAAAGAAAUGGAAGAACAUCAAGUGGCGUCGCUGGCAUGGUUCAUUUUCUGGUGGCAAGAAAUACAGACCACCUAGUGAUCAGGAUAUAGGCCAGUUAAUCAAGAAAUUAGGUACUUCACUGAGACCAAGUGAAUCACUGCGAGAUGCCAGGUGUUGUGUGCUCUGUAAUGGAUUAGGAGAUGGAGAGACCAAUGGCCCUGCUAGGUUGCUGAACCUGAAUGUAGAUUCAUGGAUUCAUCUCAACUGUGCUCUGUGGUCCGAUGAGGUGUAUGAGACCCUCAACGGCUCACUGAUGAAUGUUGAGACGGCCAUCAAACGAGGGCGCACCUGCACCUGCUGCUAUUGCAGCAAGCUUGGAGCCACCAUCUCCUGCAACAAGCAACGUUGCUGCAAUGUCUACCACUUUUCCUGUGCCAUGCAGGACCACUGUAUGUUUUUCAAGGAUAAGACAAUGAUGUGUCCACUCCAUGCUCCAUCUAGACCUACUGAGAGCACCCUGCAAUCACAUGUUGUUUUCAGAAGGGUUUACAUCAAUAGAGAUGAACAUAAACAAGUAGCAAACAUCAUGACGAUGACAGAUCGCAGGUUCACAGUACGAGUUGGUAGUCUUAUCUUCAAGUCUCUGGGACAACUUCUACCUCAUCAGAUGCACCUGUUCCAUUCCCUCACUUCCAUCUAUCCUGUUGGUUAUGAAUCCAUCCGUCUGUACUGGAGCAUGCGUUACACCAACAAGCGAUGCAGUUACUCCUGCACCAUCCAGGAUCAGGGUGGGAGGCCAGAGUUCAGCAUCCGCAUUAUGGAGCAAGGUCAUGAGGACAUCAUCUUCAGGGCAGAUACUCCAAGGAAUGUAUGGUACAAGGUGUUAGAGCCGAUUGCCAAGCUAAGACGAGAUGCAGACAUGCUCAAAGUCUUUCCAACCUUCCUGACUGGUGAAGAUCUUUUUGGCCUUACUGAAGCAGCAAUCCAGAGGAUCACUGAAUCGCUUCCUGGAGUCGACCUCAUCCAGCACUAUACUUUCCGAUUUGGACGAUCACCUCUGAUUGACCUACCCCUGGCUGUUAAUCCAACUGGAUGUGCCAGGGCUGAACCAAGAAGACAAACACAUCUCAAGAGACCGCAUACACUAACAAGCAACAAGACAUCCCGAGGCUUCCACACCACUCUAGCCGGAGAAGUGGCAUCUCCAUACAACAAGCAGUUUGUACACUCCAAGUCAUCGCAGUACAAGAGGUUGAAGACAGAGUGGAAGACCAAUGUAUACCUUGCAAGAUCACAGAUCCAGGGCUUGGGGUUGUAUGCUGCCCAUGACAUCGAGAAGCACACCAUGGUCAUCGAGUACAUCGGCACUCUCAUCCGUAACGAGGUCGCCAACAAGUGGGAACGCGACUAUGAAGCUGCCAACCGUGGUGUCUACAUGUUCCGAAUCGAUGACUACACUGUAGUGGAUGCCACAAGGAGCGGUAACCCCGCCCGCUACAUCAACCACUCCUGCAACCCCAACUGUGUGGCAGAGGUGGUGAACUUUGACAAAGACCAGAAGAAGAUCAUCAUCAUCUCUAGCCGAAGACUGCAGAAGGGUGAAGAGCUGACCUAUGACUACAAGUUUGAGAUUGAGAAUGACCAGAACAAGAUUCCUUGCCUGUGCAAGGCACCCAACUGCCGUAAGUGGAUGAACUGAACUGACACACUAAUUACUGGACAUGCCGAAGGACACACCCAAGGACUUCCCUAACCAUAGACUCUCUGUUGCUGAAGAGGAAGAAGUCCUGGCUCUAGAUCUCAACCAAGCAUUCAGUUCCUGUAAUGCUGAUGCAAGAUACAGUUUGAGGGCAAGAAAUAUCUGUUUUUAGUCAGCCAAAAACAAUCUGAAUGAAUAAAGAAAAGGUAUAGGUGAUGAUAAUAUCUGCAUGACGACAUAUAAGUAAUGAGUAAUCAAACACAAGAUGUAAAACAAACCAUUCUCUAUGAUGUGAUAUUGAGAAGACCCUAACAUUGUCACAUCUCACAUGAUAGUAAAUUGAAAAGAAUUGUGGAAAAGAUGGAAAUGAUCAUUGUGAGCUAUCAUAUUGUUCUUGUAUUAAGAUGUUAAAAAAUAUUCUGAACGAUUCCCCUUCAAAACCUCUCAUAUCCACAGUUUGGUAGAAUAACGGCUGAAAUGGCCCCGCCAAGAAUUUGUGUAUAUCCUAUCCAUGCUUUUUGUAUGCAGUACAUGUGAGUCACUUUUAGACUAUUUCUUCCAAUAUCUAAAAUCAUGA